GAGGAGUUCUCCCAGCUUCCUAUGACAUGGUCUCCACAGCAACAUCCCUGCGGGAGCCGGCCCGGCACAGCCGCCCCGAGGAGCUGCGAUGCCGCCGGGCUCCGGGGAGUUGGGAGGAGAAGUAAAAAACAUCCUCCCCCCACGAGCAGGGUUUGGGCUAAAAGAUGGACAACUCCUUUGUGGAAGAAGUGGCCGCAUCACUGGUGAGAGAAUUUCUCAGUAGAAAGGGUUUGAAGAAAACCAUCGCCAUCAUGGACCGGGAGCUUCCACGUUCUGAGCUCAGCAUCAAUAACAGGAAUGAGCUUCGGAAUGUCCUGCAUCUGCACUCCUUGUACAAGCAGAACAAGGCAAAGGAGAACCCACUGAAAACACUUCUUGAAAUUAUUACUAAUUACUUCCUCGAACACCGUGGGACUUCCAGGAGCACUGGUUCCAGUUCUACUCUGUCAGCUCCUCAGAGUAAGAGCUCAACAUCCCAUCCACCCGACCUCUUGGAUGAGGAUCAUGUGCAUGGGAAUGCCAUUACACUUGAUGAAAGCAAAACUCAAGCUUCCAGAUAUGAUGUCGAGAAUCCACUGGAUAAAAUUCCUUCAUCCAGAAGACAUCAGCACAGAAGUGAAAAGUGCCACACAGGAACAACACCCAACAGCCACUUACCCUCUGAUGGGGACAAAAAGUUAAAAGAUAGUCAAGAAGAUUUAAAAGCAGCGACGAUUUCCGAGGAGACGAAAUCCACAGUGAAGGAGAAGUCAAAGCUCAGGUCUGGUCUCAUUGCCAGAGGAAUGAUGGCUGGACCAGUAGCAAGUUCACCAGAGGAUCUCCAAAAAAGGAGGCUUUCAAGAAGAUCCACCAGCAUAAGCAGCACAGCACAGGUCAAGGGUGAAGAGCAUGAAGAACAUGACCUGAGAGUCCCAAAUACUGAUUUUCAGGAAAGCAAAGGAUCUCCAACACAAGUAAACGUGGAGUUUGCAUCAAAGACUGUGCCAGGCUCACACACGAGUUCAGCCUCUGAAAAACUAAGGAAUGUCCCCAAAGAUCCAGAUGACUUUAUUGCCAGGCUGCUGUCUGAGAGAGAGAGGACCAAGACAGAGGAAAGAAAAUCAGUUCCAAGCUUUGGUACAGACAGCAGUGAAAAAAGCCUUAAAGUGAGUGCCCCUCACAGGCAUUCAGGGUCUGGGAGAGAGAAGAGGGAAAGAUCCCUCAAGAAGAGUGAGAGUCGGUUGUCAGGCCACAGGAAGUCUCCAACAUCCACUGGCUAUAAAGAAGACCAAAUGAAAGAAGUCCUAGAAUUAGUCAAUGUUGAGGAUGAAGAAACAACUGGAGAAAUUAAUAAGAACCCAGACCUUUCAACACUGUACAUGCUUCAAAUAGUAUCCAAGGCAAUUGAUAUUUCCCUUGCAAAAGAAUUAAAAAACCUUUUGUUUGGCUCUAGUCUUUGUUGCUUCAGUGAAGAAUGGAAAAUCCAGAGUUUUACAUUUAGCAAUAUACCACAGUUAAAAUAUGGCAUUGUGCAGAAAAAGGGUGGCCCGUGUGGAGUCCUGGCUGCAGUUCAAGCCUGUGUCCUGCAGCAGCUGCUCUUUGCAGACAGUAACAGGAAUAAAGACACCCGUUGUCUCCAGCCCUCAGAAGUUUACAGGACCAAGUGCCUGACCAUGGCCAUCGCAGACAUCCUGUGGCGAGCGGGGGGCCACGAGAAAGCCAUCGUGGCCCUGCCAUCAGGAAGACAACAGUUCACUCCCAUAGGAAAAUACAAGGCAGAUGGAAUCUUAGAAACUCUGAUACUACACAGUGCCACGAGAUAUGAAGACCUGAUUGUGUUUCUUCAGCAGAGCAUUCACCAGUUCGAAAUUGGUCCCUGUGGGUGCAUCCUCCUGACUGUGUCUGUCAUCUUAUCAAGAUCAAUCAAUCUGGUGCGCAACGACUUCGAUGUGCUCACGAACCGCCUCAUCGGCAGCCACGGCUACUGCACUCAGGAAUUGGUGAACCUGCUUUUGACUGGCAAAGCUGUGUCCAAUGUUUUCAACAACGUGAUAGAGCUGGACUCUGGGAAUGGGAAUAUCACGAUCUUGAAAGGCAUCACCAGCCGCAGUGACAUCGGUUUGCUGUCUCUCUUCGAGCACUAUGAUGUCUGUCAGGUUGGUUGCUACUUGAAGACCCCCAAGUACCCAAUUUGGUUGGUAUGCAGUGAGAGCCACUUCAGUGUCCUUUUCUGCUUGGAAAAGGAUUUACUCAGUGACUGGAAAACGGGAAGGAGGUUUGACCUUUACUACUACGAUGGCUUGGCCAACCAGGACGAGGAGAUCCGGUUGACAGUCGAUACAACUCAGGUGUGCACUGAAGAUAAAGAAAAUGAUCUCACUCCUCCACUUGAGCAUUGUAUUAGGACAAAGUGGCAAGGAGCUGUCAUCGACUGGAAUGGCACGGAACCAAUCUUGUGACUGACCUGACCUGCACUUUAUUUGCCAGGACAAAAAGGAAAUGACUGAAUUAGCACAUUCCUAUUCCCACCAAUAAAGGAAAUAGGACAAGAGUUGUGCAGUGUCUGUUGAGGAAGAAUGACAUGGUUUACAGGCUGGAGGAGUUUCACCUCAAUCACCUUGUGCUUCAGAUAUUUUGCGUAAAAUAUAAACAACACUUACGUAAAUCCCUUGUCACUGCCUUCAGCAUAAAACUUCUGAGGGCAGGCUGAGUUCCCACCACCAGACUGAGGUUACAGAUGAAGCAGUGAAGUCGUCAACGUCCCCUUGAGGUCUCUUUCUGGAUCCACUCUGUAUCCUGCAAUUGUUUGAAAGCAUCUGAUGAAAGAUGCUGAACCCAGAUUUCUCUCUCUGGGCUUGCCUUCUCUGUACUGCCUUGUUCUUCUCCAGCAAAACUCCAGUGCCAGUAUAAAAUAUCAUCCCAGAAAAAUAUAUUCACUUCCUUACCUGCUAUUAUAAGCACUAAAUAGAUUGGUGACCGUAAGGGCUUUUCAGAUAAAGCCUGGCCUAUACAAAGUUCUUGUUGUGUCAUAAAUUUGCAGUAAGAAUUGUGGUUUUGUGUUACCAAGAUAAUAGCACUAGUACAUUCUUGCUACUGGGUGCAGUUGGUGUGUAACAGUGCCUCGUGCUGAUAUAGCUCAUUUUUCUUCCUGGAUAAGAGGCAGCUGUAUCAGUAUCUUUACAUUUAUACUGUUACUUAUACUCCCAGGUUACAGAUUAGAUCUGUGGUUUGCUCCUUCAGAAUUACAAAUAAACCAUAAGAGUUGUUAGGUUUGAAAUUUAAAUGGUGCCUAUCUGUGAUAGAUACCAGUUUUCAUGAUUAAAUAAAGUGCAUGUACUGGAAUGAGGUACCGUGGAGACAUAUAAUGAGGUACUGAAGCAGGAGUUUGUAUUCUGAAAUUAAUUCUGUAAGUGACAUGUUUUAGCAGCACUUGACCAAAAUUGGAACAAGUUACUGUACUGAAGAUUGGAAAAAAAUACCUUGGAAAAAAGGCAGAUAAAUGGUCUUUCUAGAAUUAUUCCUCUCUCUUGAGUGAAUAUUUCAUGAGAGUUUAAUAAAGAACUUUUACUUUC